AUGGAUGAUUAUCAUCCAGGUGAUCUCCUUAUACGCAAAACCUUUCACGCAAUUGAAGACUCUCAGGUUUUCAUUGUUGUAUUCUCUAAGAACUUUGCUGAUUCAUGUUUUUGCUUGGUAGAAUUAGCGUACAUCCUUCACUGCAGUGUAUUGUAUGGAAAAUGCAUUCUGCCUAUUUUUUAUGAUGUUGAUCCUUCUGAGGUGCGAAAGCAAAGUGGUGGUUAUGGCGAAUCCCUUGCCAAACUUGAAGAGAUAGCUCCGCAGGUGCAAAGAUGGAGAGAAGCUCUACAGCUAGUGGGUAAUAUCUCCGGCUGGGAUCUAUGUCAUAAGCCACAACAUGCGGAGCUUGAAAACAUCAUUGAACAUAUAAAUAUUCUGGGUUGCAAGUUUUCAAGUCGUACAAAAGAUUUGGUUGAGAUUAAUUAUGACGUGUUUGUGAGCUUUAGAGGCCCAGACACACGCUUCAAUUUCACCGAUCAUCUUUUUGCUGCCCUACAAAGACGAGGCAUUAAUGCAUUCAGAGAUGACACUAAACUUAAAAAAGGUGAAUUCAUAGCACCCGGACUCUUUAGAGCAAUUGAAGCCUCUCAGCUUUACAUUGUUGUAUUCUCUAAGAACUAUGCUUCUUCAACUUGGUGUUUGCGAGAAUUGGAAUACAUCCUUCAUUGCAGUAAAAAAUAUGGAAAACACAUUCUUCCUAUUUUUUAUGAUGUUGAUCCUUCUGAGGUACAAAAGCAAAGUGGUGGCUACGGUGAAGCCCUGUCCAAACAUGGAUUCAAACAUGGCUUAAAUAUGGUGCAUAGAUGGAGAGAAACUCUCACACAAGUGGGGAAUAUCUCUAGCUCGAAUCCACGUUAUAAUUAAGCAAUAUGCAAAGAAAAAAAAGUCAUGAUGCAUCACAACUAGAUACUGCAAAUAUGUAAGUUCUUCAGUGAGCAAUGCAGAUAAUACUUUCACUAGUACAAUUUAAAGUCUUGGUAUCAAGUUUCGCAUAGCUACUACUGAAAAAUGGUUGAAAAAAGGGCUCAACAGUCAAAAAAACAUGUCACUUCAAUGCUUCCAUCAGAUAUAUAGAGACAGCUCCAAAACACAAUUGAUUGAACACUAUCUAUAAUUCAACAAACUAAUCCAGGUUGAAUACAGAGCUUAGAAACAAAAAACAAUGUCCUCUCAUUUCACUUAAUGGGAUCCAAGAGGGUUGUCUCUUGUUCAUUGGAGGAGUCAACAUGCAAAGGAAACUCUAUCAGAAUGAGAAUUUGGGGUCAAGUUCUUCAGAGGUGGAGGAGACUGAUGUAAGAGGGUUUUCAUAGUAUUUCUAUAGUAUUUUUAUUUUAGCCCAAUUUUAAUAAUUUUCUGUUUUUGUUUCAGUUUGUUAUUUUCGGCUCAUUAGGUUUUGUUAUUUCCAUAUUUAAGCUUAACCGUUGUAGCCUA